AGAAUAGGAAUAGAAGAUGUGGGAAAAGCUAGGAGUUUUAGCAUGUUUUGUUAUUUGGUCUGCAAUGCAUGUGUGUUGCAUGGGUAGUUUUGUGGUGGAGAGCAACAGCUUAGAACUGACUUCACCAGACAACUUAAGAGAUACUUAUGAGUGUGCAAUUGGAAACUUUGGUGUCCCUGCUUCUGGAGGAGGAUCACUUGUUGGUGCUGUCAUUUUCCCUCCAGCAAAUCAAAAGGCUUGCAAGAGCUUCGACCAUAUUAUCUCUUUCAAAUCUGAGUCUGCUGCUGGUCUUCCUGUCUUUCUUCUUGCUGAUCGCGGGGAUUGUUACCUCAGCCUGAAGGCCUGGAAUGCACAGAAUGCUGGAGCAGCAGCUAUUCUUGUUGCAGAUGAUAUAGUCGAACCUUUAAUCCUCAUGGCAUCCCCUGAGGAAGAAAGUUCAGAUGCAGAUUAUUUGCAGAACAUCACUAUUCCAUCAGCAUUAAUUAGCAAAUAUUUAGGAGAUAGCAUCAAGGAAGCUCUAUCUGAGGGAGGCGUUGUUACCAUAAAUCUCAGUUGGAAGGAAGCUAUGACACAUCCAGAUGAGCGUGUCGAGUAUGAGUUCUGGAUGAAUAGCAAUUAUGAGUGCGGCAAGUGUGAAAGCCAGAUAAAGUUUGUGAAGAAGUUCAAGAAAGUGGCCCAGAAACUUGAACGAAAAGGGUACACCAAGUUCACACCACACUACAUGACCUGGUAUUGCCCAGCAGCAUUUGUUUUGAGCACACAGUGCAAGUCUCAGUGCAUCAAUCAUGGGAGGUACUGUGCUCCAGAUCCAGAUCAGGACUUCUAUAAAGGAUAUGAGGGCAAAGAUGUGAUUGUUCAAAAUUUACUCCAGGCUUGUGUUUACAAAGUGGCUAAUGAAAGCGGAAGAUCGUGGCUUUGGUGGGACUAUGUGGCAGAAUUUGCUUUCCGCUGCCCAAUGAAAGAUAAGAAGUACACAAAAGAAUGCGCAGAUCAAGUUAUGCACUCACUUGGCAUGGAUGUAAAGCAAAUAGACAAGUGUAUUGGAGAUCCUACAGCUGACAUGGACAACCCCAUUCUAAAGGCUGAACAAGCAGCACAGACUGGAAAUGGCUCCCGUGGUAGCAUAACAAGCGUGCCAACUCUUGUGAUAAACAACAAGCAGUACCGAGGCACGCUGGACAAAGGAGCGGUACUGGGAACCAUUUGUUCAUAUUUCAAUGAGUCCAGGAAACAAAGCGCUUGUUUAGCUCAAGGAUACCUAUAAAAGGUUGCAAGCUUCAUUAGGCCACCAGAAUUCAGGGUUUACAAUACUAAAAGGCCAACAGAGGUGACAGUGCAUCAUUGCCGAUUUUUUAUCUACUUUGAGUUGUCUGAUCAGCUUCUUCAG